AUGCAGAGGUGUCUACUUGUGCCCUACUUCGCGCUUGUCAGCUUCGCCGUCUUCGUGGUUGCAGGUGCCGGCUCCUCCUCGCCGGCCGAUGCUAGGACCAGGAGGGCUGCGGGAGGGUUCCUCCACCCCCGACCGCCGAGGGAAGACGAGGAGGAGGAUGAGGAGGAGGAAGAGUUGCAGGGCUGCGAUUGCCGGACUCGCCAGCAGGGGCAGCGUGUGCGAUCGCCUGCUUCGGCUUCAGGAAGGCUUCCCAAAGCCUGUCCAGAAGGCUGCACGCGACCCGAUGCCCAGCAUCUUCGGGCCGGCACUUUCCUACUCCCCAACUCCACGGACGGUGUAGGCACAGAAGGCACCGAGCAGCUGAAGAGGGCCCUAAGGGCCUGGCUGCUGGAAGCAUCUUCGAACCCCUGGCUGGAUCCUCUCAAGGAGGCGACUUCCCGGGGGGGAAGGAGGCUUGCCGGUGGCUGUCCGGCGAACAGUCUGCUGGAGGCGAUGUCCGAGGCAGACACAUGCGAAAUCACCGCGGUCGAGCGGGCGGACCGUGGCAGCAACGCGGGCAAAGAGAGCGGCUUGCUGGAGUUCUUGACCAUCGGCGAAUGCUCCUAUGUGGCCUUCCUGAUCUACGGCGCGAUUCUGGGCUCUUUGAGUGGGAUGGGUCCUGGGACCCUGGCGAUCAUCGGCAUCGUGCUGGUGUGCUGGCCGAUUGCUGCUUGCAAGGUAUGCUGCCGAUGUUGCCGCAAGUGCUGUUGCUCGUGCUGCCGUGAGGGAAAGGAGGUCAGGAAAAUAGGGAACGUCAAGAAGAUUGUGAUCCUUUUGCUGUCCUUGGCUGGUCUCGGUGGUAUGGCAGCGCUUCCCAUGGCAGGCAUUAUGGGAGACGUCAAAGCCGGCUCGGCGGUGGCGAACAGCGCAGACUGCGCAUCCAGGGAGUUCCUUCGGUCGGCGCUGGGAGACGUCACCGCCAUCGGCAAUGCGGCCUCCGUUCCUGCAGGUGGAUCCUCGGCGAGCGCCGAUCCUGAUCCGGGAUCCAACUCCUCUCGGCUGCUUCAGGGCGCAUCCUUCAUUGGCAUUGCCACUGCUGGACAGGAGGUGCAGACAGUGUCUACAGCUGUGGAUGCUCUCGCAACCGCUGCAACACAGGCUGCAGCACAGGACAACGGUGCAGCGGACGAUGUCGCAGAGUCCUUGGCAAUCCUGAGGCUGAUGCAGACUUCUCUGAGCGGGCAGAUUACCAUCGGCGGGAGCACGUGCACUUUCUGCCAGACUUGCUGCGGAACACAGGCAGGGGCCUUGGUGCCGCAGCUGCUGUCUCAACUGGAGGGCACUCCGAGCCGGGUGACGACGCUCAGUGCGGACUUCCAGGAGGAGCCGGGCUCCCGAAUCUCUUCCCUCAAGGCAGCGGUGGUCUCUGCAGGGGCCGCGCUCUCGCUGCUGCAGCAGUCAUUUCAGGCUGGGCCGGCUGCCGCCCUGAUCCUGGGGUCGGAUCUCUUCGUUGACCCUGUGCAAGAGAUGGUUGUGAUGGGCUUCGAGUUCGGUGCCGUGCCGAUUGCCGGGGACGGCUUCUUCUACUCCCCCGGCUUCCUGAGCGAAGUGCAGGUCCAAGCCCUGCGUGCGGCAGUGGAGAGCGGGCCAAGUGGCGAUGAAACGAUCUCAACCGGGAGGCCACUGGCGGCGACGCCCGGGGUUCAUUGGCACGGCUUCCCACGGCCGCACAGCCGGCAUGAGGGUGAGAUCACCAUCCUCGAUGCAUGUGGGCCGAUGCUGCUAGAGCUGCGAGAGCGAGGGAUACUGCCACCCGGGUACUGGUUCGACCAGGCAAUCGUCAACUUCUACUCAGAAGGCGAUGGUAUACCGAUGCACGUGGACAGGGCCAACUUCGAUGACUACAUCGUUGGCUUCAGUCUGGGUGCUCCAGUUGUCAUGGACCUCGAGCCACUGGACUUGCGAGAAAGUUUUCCAGCGAAGCACGAGGCGGAGGAAGAAGGCUGCGAGGGGGAGCGCGCUGAACGAAGCUGCGGUCAGCAGGUGCUGCUCGAGGAGGGUUCCGUGUACGUCUUCUCCGGCAAAGUACGGUGGAAGUGGAAGCAUGGUAUUCGUCCCAACUGCAGGUACGAGGGCCAGGAUCUCCCGGUGGGCAGUCGCACUUCCGUCACCUUCAGACGGCUGCGCAGACCAGACCUCACGGACUCCGACGCCAUUUGGGCGCCUGCGAGUAUCGGCCUGGUCUUCCUUUUCUACAGCCUGCACUGGUGCUGCUGCCUGCGGAGAUGCAAGAUUGACCGCAAGGACCAUCCGGCUCCUCAGUGGGCAGCCUGUGGUUGGUGCGGUGGCUGCUUGGGUGCCCUUCUCGCUGCGGUGCUGGGCAUCGUCACCUUCGCCUCCGCGGCGGUGGGAAGUGAGUUCUGCAUCAUGAUGGACACGUUGAGUGCUUCAGAUGGCCUCGAUCGGUACGGCAUCCUGCUUGGCUUGUCGGGGGACAGCACACAGGUUGUGGCGGCAAGGAGCGCAUCACUUGCUUGUCUGGGUCCUGCGGCUGACGUGCCAUCGCGGGAUCUUUUUCCUAUGCUGGGGCUCUCGGCGCCCGUCCAGGGGCUGUCGGACAUGGCGGCCGAGCUCAGCUCGGUCCUCUCCUUCGACUUCGCCCCUCUUCUCACUCAGUACCAGACGCUCAACACACAGGCACAGAGCUCGGCAACUACGUUCACUCCGACCCCGGCCGAUGCGACUUCGCAAGUGUAUACCUGCUACACGUGGAUCUCACUCGCCCAGGCUCCGACCAGCACUUCCUGCGAUUUGCCAACGUUCCAGGCGAACAUGCAGACUCUUGCUCAGCUGGCUCUCCAAUCCGGGCAAGAUGUCUCUGCCGCACUUGGAACCAUCAGGCAAUCUUCAAGUGCGUGGCAAAGCACCUUGUCCGACAUGCAGGCGUUGACCGCGCACCCGAGCCUUGCAGCAUUGCAAAGCGGGCUGGACUGUGCGCAGGUGUUUGAUGCCUGGCAAGUGGCCAACGAUCAGGCUUGCGCUGGUUUGGCAGAUACCUUCUCCACCAGCGGAUUUGUGUGGUUGCUUGCUGGCGCCUGUGGCUUCGUGGGCGCUCUUGGGCAGUAUUGGAUCUGGCGCAACCUGAAAGACAACCGAACGCUCUUCUUUGAUGAGCAUGAAGACAUGAAGCCCAAAGGCGCGAAGAAGCUUUUCUGCUGCUUUUGCGCAACCUCCGUGGGCGAUGAUCUCGAUGCAGGCAAGACCCAAGCCGAAGAGGCGCCCAAAGAGCCAAGUGAAAAAGCCACCUCCAGAUCGAAGUCGACAGGUGGUGCCAAAACCAGUGUGGCCUCAAAGAGGAUUGCCAUUCGCUUCUUCGAGGCUUUCGAGAUGUCUGUGGAGGAGAAUGUCAAAGCUUUUCUCAGAGAUGAGCUUUACCCCUCGUACGACGAGAGCUUCAAGAACAUGGCAGUGGCUGAUCGCAUGGGCUCUUGGAAAGCGCUUGAAAAGCAGAAGCAGAGUGGCGGGGAUGUAGAAGUCCAGCCGCCCGGCGAGCAGCCCACCGAUCCAGCUACACUGUUCAGCGACUACGGGGAACGAGGUCCGGAUGGGGUCCCGACAGCAGAUGCGGAAGGCAAGCCGCUUGACAAGAAGAAGUUGGCGGCGCUGAAGAAGGAUCUGGCUCUGCUUCAGAAGCCGUGGGACAAAUGGCAAAACGACAAGCGAAAGUACGAAGCCUACUUGCUGUCCAAGAUUCGGAAGCAAUGCCUGGAGAAGUAUGCCGAAGUGCAGUACACCGAGGAGGUGGAGCACCUACGGCCCUUGUCGCCCACUUCCCGGACCGAGUGCCUGGCUACCCGUAGCUCACUGCAGCGAAUCUUCAAUCGUAUAGUCGCACAGCACAUGAGAUCCAGCGGAGCCAUGCCGGGUGGCGCUUGGCUGGGGAAUCCCCAGCACAAGGAGCGAUUUGACAUCGAGGAGCGCCUGAAAAGACACAAGGCCGCCCUUUUGGCCGAGGCCGCCCAUUCCUCUGACGCCUCGAGAGUUAGAGAGCUGCUUUCGGACCGGGCGGACCCCAACAUGGCGGAUGAGAACGACCGGUGGCCUCUGAAGGAGGCGGCCUUCUCGGGCCAGGCCGAGGUCCUCGAGGUGCUUCUCAGAGCCCGGGCGGAUCCCAACCUUCCAGGGGAAGGCGAUCGUGCCCUCCACGUCUCUGCCUGGCAAGGGUACCAGGUGGUCACCAGCCACCUACUUGAGUUCUCCGCAGACGUGGAAGCCACGGAUUCCGCAGGUUGGAGCCCUCUCUGCGGUGCCGCCUCGAAAGGCCACACGAGCAUCGUCCGGCUUUUGCUGGAGUUCGGCGCCGAUCCGGAGCGGUCCGUGACAGUGACGGGGCACGGGAUGCUGACCCCUCUCCGGGCUGCAAAGGAAGGGCGCUUCCUUGAGGUGGCAGAUGUCCUGAAGACGGCCAUUACCCAGGGGAACGCCCAGCAGCAGAAGCGGAACACUAUCAUCUCGAACAUCCCCAUGAUUGGGUCUGUUCUUGAGCGAAAGGCUUCGACCGGAAGGGCGACUCCCGCAAGGGGCACCCCGGAGAGCGUCUCCAGUCGCCGCUCGGAAGUCUCUUCCCUGGCAGCGGUCUCCGAUUGCCUCAAGGGCUGCUGCUGCUGUUGUCAGCAGAAGCUGACUAUGACACCGCUGGUCGUCGUGGUGGAGGAGGUUCCGGAGGACCGGGACAGGGCGGUGUGGUCCGACGAGCUUGAGCCGGUCAUGGGCCAGAAGUUGGAUGCCAGGGUUCGCAAGGACAAAGCUGUGGCCAAGAAGCUCAAGGGACUCGAGGACCGCUGCUUUAAGUCUGUCAGUGUGCACGACCCUCUCAUGAAGAAGCUGAUGGUACUGAGCGACGAUCAGCAACUCUGGGAAGGAAUCAAGAUCCAAGCCGCCAAAAAGCCGACGAAGAUGAAGGCGCCGAAGGAGCCAAAGGCUCCCAAAGGUCUGGUGGAUCCCAUGGACCACUUCAAGUCCGGGAAGCAUGAUGGGAAGUUCGGCGCCUUCGACGCCAAGGGAGUGCCAACCCAAACGGCCGACGGCACGGAGAUUCCGGAGAAGAAGCUGAAGGCUUUGAAGAAGGAGUACGACAGUGUCAAGGACAAGUGGGACAAACAUCAGCAGGCCGUGGCUAAGUAUAGCCAGGAUUUGACCAAGUACGAGAAGUGGAAGGAGGGCGGUGAGGAGGAGGCCAGCGCCUCUGGGGUUCCCGAGGCGCAGCGGAGUGCCGCCUGUGAGACGGCGGCGCUGGAGGUCCUGAGGCGCCUGUUGGAUCGGUCCGUCACGGAGCACGCGGAGGAGCUGUCCGUGGAGGUGAACCAGGGAAGCCACGACCCUCCGGAGCUCGCGGCGCUGAUGGUAAAGGUGGUCCUGGAGCACGAGGACAAGACCACGGACCCAGUUCUCAAAGUGCUGAAGACGGUGGACAAGAAGAAGAGGAGUGGCAUGAUCGAGGUUGGCGAGUUGCCUGAGGUCUUCCGACUCCUGAAGGAGGACGAACUCCAAGUCGGCACGCAUGUUUGCUUCGGAGACAUCACCUACGAGGAGGUGGACUUCGUCUCAAGCAUCCUCGAGAAGUCCUCCUUGGCAAAGGAGGGGCAGAUCAGCCACGAGGACCUGAAGGCUUACAUUGAAAACCAGGACCUACAGCCCAGUGAAGGGGGGCACCCCACCAGCCUUGCGGGCACCCUGGUCUUGAUGCGCUUGGAAGCCUGGAAGAAGGCCUCCUCCGUGGAGAAGUUGAUGAGUCCAAGGGCCUGGCGCCUGCAGCUCUCGGGAGGCGAAGCCCUGGGCGAGGCCCAGGAAAAGGCCCAGGGGGCCGGCGCCCAGGCGGAGGAGCCGGCCAAGGAGACCAACGCUCCGGCGGAGCCGCAAGGGGAGCCACCGAAGGAAGAGACUUCGGGAAAGGACAAGGAGAAGGACAAGGAGAAGAAAGAGAAGAAGGACAAGAAGGAGAAGAAGGAGAAGAAAGAAAAGAAGUGA